AUGAUUCAGAACAUUGAGAAGACAGCUCUACUCUCUGAGCAUGUUAAUCUGCUUAUCACUGAGAUGAAAUCUGAGGCAGCAGAUCAGGAAACGUGGGAUUUUGAGACACAGAUUGAUCUAGCUAAGAAGAAGCAGCAGAAACCCUUCUCUGAGAAGACAGUGAAGAGAGAUUUUGAGAUGAUUAUCAUCUCAGAUAAGAAGAAGAAGAAGAAGAAGAAGAAGAAGAAGAAGAAGAAGAAGAAAAAUGAAAAAUGGCGGAUUCAAUAUGAUCCCGCCCUCAUACAUGUUCGCGAUCUCGCGUUCUUUCCACUGAGUCAGUUGCAGUUGAUGAUGAUGAUUCUUCACACUCACGCUCUGCCAGUGGACAUCCUCCUGGAGCCUUUGAAAGUUCCACUGGUGGACAUUCUCCUGGAGUCUUUGAAAGCUCCAUUGUCGAAACACCCUCUCGAUUCGAAGCUGCUUGAUGAAGCUGGUUCUCUUGAUGAGAAUAAUGAACACCCAGGUGUCUACCGUUCGGGCGAGGCAAUAUCAGACCAACAGAUGGAGCAUCUCAAGAUGAUGCUUGAGAUGGACAAGAGGAAGCAAAGAGUCUUAGAACUCGAACUACAACUGGAAAAACUUCAUUAA